AUGAAGUUGAUUUCAUUGAUGAUUUACCUAUGUGCAUGUUUGAUUGAUUUCACGGUAGGUUUAGAAUCAAAUAAGACUCACAAUUUGGAAAAGGAAGUAAGAGGUUGCCGUUUAGAGAAAGAAGUUAAGAUGGAAGAUUUGAUGUCAAUGACAACUGAAUUUGGAGGUAAAAAUAUGUUUACUGUUGAUAGAAGACUGGGAUUAGAGAGUUAUAAUGAUACUGGAAAGUUCAUUUUAGAAUUUUUGUCUUCAUUGAACCAAUAUUACGAUAUUUAUCAGGUGCCAUAUGAGGGUUAUGGCUUUUGGUCAAACAACAAUUAUCUUCAGUAUGCCCAAAAAAAGCUUAGGUUAUUCCCAUAUUUUUACUCAUUAAUGGGCGAUAGAUGCCCAUAUGUGAACAAGUUAGAAAUAAUCGAUAGCCAAGGUUGUAUACCUGAAGAAUUUGACAAGUUUCCCGGUAAUACUUCUGUUGUUGUACAAGAUGGCGGGUGCGAUAUAAAUAAGAAAACUGCAUUAGCAUGCUAUUAUGGUGCCACAUCAUUGCUUGUAAAUAGUACUAAUACAUUCAUAAUGGAAUCACAUGUGAAUCAUCAGAGAUUCCAUCUUUUACACGAUUCUACAUUCCAACCAUUUAAAAAUGAUCAAAAAAUGCAUACAUGUCUUGGAAUUGUGUUCCCAUCAUUCAAGAUUCGUUCCAAAGAUCUUGAUCAGCUAAUGAGGGAAAACACCAAUUCGACUGUUAGUGGUGAGUUGAUAAUGUCAACUUUAGUAUUUGCUUCUUAUUUCACCAAUAUAUUUGCUGUAAGUAAGCUGGGUAAUAGUUCAAAUGUUGUCUUGGCAGGAGCAAAUUACGAUUCUUUUGCAAAUUCGGUAGGCAUGAAUGACAAUGCUUCAGGCGUGAUUGCUCUUUUGAAUAUCGCCAAGUAUUUAACCAAGUUUCAACUCAAUAACAAGGUUAGUUUUGCAUUCUGGGGUUCGAAAGAAUCGUAUCCUCAGGGUCAUAGUGUUCCAAUGCUGGACGAUAUGCAAGAUAACGUUAAAAUGUAUCUCGACUAUGAUACAAUAGGCUCUCCUAAUUAUGUGCCUUAUGUGUAUGUUCCAACGCAAAUGGAACCAUCCUUCUAUGAAAUGUCAAUCAAUAAACAGUUUAUGAAAGAGAAUCACAUAUCAGCAACUCAUGCAGAUUUUUUCCUGAAGAAUAAUAUCACUUGGAAGCCUUUUUACGAGAUGGAACUUGACAGAUCUCAUUUUAGAAGUAUAUAUAAUGUACCAAUUGGUGGACUUACUUCCGGCUCACAAAAGGUUAAAUCAGGAGACAUGUCAUUGUCAGAUUCUACAGACGAUCCAUGUAGGCACUUACCUUGUGAUACAGAUAUCAAUUCCGAAGCUUUAUUCAUGAAUACUCGUGCUGCUGCCUUUGCAAUUGGUACUUAUGCCCGUAAUUUGACAGGCUUUGAAAACAAAGAACCCAAAGAAUAA